UAAAUAUGUCCAGGGAACUGAGUGACUUAAAGAAAAACCUGAAGGAGGCCACUGCAGCCAUUGCAGCUGACCCUCUCUAUAUAGAGGGUGCAUGGUCUGAGCCAACCUUCACAUCCACUGAAGCAGCCAUCCAGUCCAUGCUGGAGUGCCUGAAGAACAAUGAACUUGGCAAGGCUUUACGGCAAAUCAGGGAAUGCAGAAGUCUGUGGCCCAAUGACAUCUUUGGAAGCAGUUCUGAUGAUGAGGUCCAGACACUACUGAAUAUUUAUUUCCGCCAUCAAACUCUGGGACAAACGGGUACUUAUGCAUUGGUGGGAUCGAACCAGAGCCUGACUGAAAUCUGCACUAAGCUGAUGGAGCUGAACAUGGAGAUCCGGGACAUGAUUCGCAGGGCCCAGAGUUACCGAGUCCUCACUACUUUUCUUCCAGACUCCAGUGUUUCUGGCACUAGUCUCUGACAGGAGCUUCCCAUCCCCCAUGGGUUCCAAGCUGGGGGUGCUGUCAUGCUGGGGUGACGUCAUUCAGUGUCUUUUCAGCCUUCAGAAGGCUUGGUCAGACUGUUCUCCCUCUUGUUACCUGUAGGACUUUUUCUAAACAGGAUGACAGAACUUCCAACGUGUAGCAAUACUAUCAGAACCAAGGUAGCAUAGAAUAUUCUGGGACAGACUCCAUCCGUUAUGCUGUGUGGCACAAUGGUGUUAUUUUACUGAGCAGAUGCAACUCACUACUGAAGAAAGUGACUUCCAUUGCAUACCAAAGCCGACUACACUGAACAAUACCUUUCCUUUCUAGAAACAAUUUUAGAUUGGCAAAAGUGCAAUGUUUUCUUCACUAAAAUAUUUUAUAUUCUAAAACUUGUACAUUCUUUUAUUUUUCCUUUUCUUUUGUUUUUUUUUCUUUUUUUUGGUGGGCCGAGGAAGGGGCAGGCAGAAUGAAGCUGGCCACUGAAAACUGUUAGACGGUCAAAAGCUGACAGCCUGUUUAUGUGAAAAGGGAAUUGUAAAUGGACAAUUUAAUAUACACUGUAAUUUGAAUAUGAUUACUGUAUCUAAAAGGAGCUGCUAUGAAGUACCUUUCUUAUGUUGCUAGGCUACUGUUUCUGAAAGCCCUGAAUCUCUUUGCAGAAGUCUGUGAUUAGGACCCUAGCACCAAAUAUGGUCCAGAUAGACCUUUUUGUAAGGGUCUUGGCUGCUUUUUACUAGAAAGUUGCUUAUAUGAGCAUAUUUAUACUACAAAAGGAUGAGUGUUAAUUUUAACCAACUUUGCCAUUUUGUAGGAAAAAAAGUUAAAGAAAUUCACAUUAUAAAUUCCAAGUCUUUUCACCUGUCACGCAUGCAUAUUUUAAUAUCCAUUUGGAUAGCCAGAAGUAGAAUCAUAAAGAUAAACUGAGUUGUCACUUUGUUACUUAAGAAAUGUCAUAUUUUAUUUGUAACAUAUAUGUAAAGGGCCAUUCUUAAGUUUUCUCCUUCAGAUUAAUGCUGUCAAGUGUUAGCUGUGUGCAUGUAAGCCAGUUGCACAUCAGAAACAUAUUCAAAGUUGAUCUAUGUAACUUAUUCACUCUGUAAAUACAAAGUUUUUGUGAUGUAAUCUUGGUUGAUAAUCUAUUCAGAACUUCCUUUAGACUAAAA